AUGCACGCCGCGCCGCCCGCCUCGCGCUCUGCCACGUUUGCCGUUCGGAAAGUGCCGCUGCUGCGUCGCUACUGCAGCAAGGGCGGCGUCGCCAAGCCAAAGGACGACGCGCUCGCCGAGGCCCAGCGCGGCAAGGGCGGUGCAGACGUCAAGGUGUGGAGCGGCAACGUCGAGCUGCCGGCGGUGACCAAGAAGGAGGCGGAGGAGUCGUACCUCGACGCCACGUCGGUCUCGCGCGCCAUCACCCCGCCGACGGCCCUGGCGACCGAGGCGAGGAACGACAUGACCAAGGACCGGGUCAACUACGUCUCCACCAACCUCCGCCCCGAGGCGCAGUACAUCGUCCCCGGCAAGUCUGGCGCCGUCGCGCCAGUCGCCGUCAGCCAGGGCGCGUUGGGUAUGGCGUCGCUCAUUGUGCUCUGUGGCGGGCUGCUGGGAGCAGUCUACAUAAAGAAGGAGUGGAAGGUCUCUUCGGCCAAGGAGCUUGGCGACGCCCUCCGCGCGCGCGGCGCCGCACGGAGAGAAGCCAUCGAGGCCUCCUCUGCAACGUCGCUGGUCCGAUCCAUCUCACAGACCGCCGACACGACGGUCAAGGAGAACGUGGAGCUGUUGCGCCGGCCGUCGCAGCAGCUGGGCAGCCACUUUAACGAGUCCUUUCAGGGCAAGAUUGUCAAGAAGAAGCCGGAGUGAGGGACCGGCACGGCCGGGCAGAGUGUGGCUUGCGGCAAAGAGAUCGAUCUCCAGCGGGAUCUCGAACUCUCUCUCGAUACGUCUUUUGUGUCUCGGUGUGUCU